UCUGUGGUUCGCUUAAGCCCGGCGUCGCCUCCCCUCCUUGCUUAGCCACCACAGUAAUCAAUGCUCAGUUCGUCCGGUCCUGAGAGCGCCCCCCAGAGAAGCCCCUGGGAAGGAAGGGCAAGGAGCCGGGCUUCGCGCUGGUCUUUCGCAACACAAGCGGUGAGCGCGUCUCCCUGCGCAAACGUAGAGUGGCCUCUCCAGCACUGCCGUGGGGACCGCACAAAAACACGGGCGCAGGUGGGAGGGUGGAGGGUGCCCUGAGCUUUCUUUCGCCUAGUAAAGAAGGUAGGCUGUGAGAAAAGCCAAUGUUAGUAUAGACGUUGGCUUUGUAUUGAGGGAGUAAGAGCACUCUUCAAGGAGAGGGCUGAAAUCUUUAAAAACAAAUAAAACUUUCUCUACUAUAAUUGCUAUUAAUAAUUUUACAAAGGGAGCCUGGAUGAAUUAAGUAGCUCAAAACUGCCUCUUCAUCAUCAUCAGGAGCUCCCUCUCUACAAGGGGGGAAAGAAAAUGUGAAAACAAAAACUAAAUUCGAGAAGCUCCCUGACCAGCGCGGUUGUCUUGGAGGUACCCGCUGGGCCCGGCCGAGGAGCGCUCUGCCCUCCUAGCCCCCGGCGCGCAGAGGAGGCUAAAACAACCAAAGAGAAAGCAAAACAAAAACAAUAAUAAAAACGUUUAAAAUCCACGGACAAAAACCGGAGUCGGUCUCAAAAUCCGCGCCGUUCAGGGCUCCACUCGGUAGUCGACUCGGCUGCAGGCCCCGGCCUGCUCCGAGCAACGCGGGGGACACCCCCGACUCCGCUGGGGAUCGCAGCCCACAGCUCCCCCUCGCUAGGCGCCCAAGGACCCUCAAGGCGCGGGGCCCACACUUGAAGCCUGGGAACGCGCAGACAGGAAACCCACUUCCUCCUAAGCAGUUUCUUGCUCGUCGGAUGAGAGGCGCCCAAUUGAAGCAGAAUGAUCCUCAUCUACUAAUAUCCAGCUUGCCCACAAAGCGACUGGCCAUUUACGCCACCACUUUAAACAAAGAUAUUUGGUUAUUCCCGGGAAGCAAGUGCACUUUUGCAUGGCUGAGCUGCGGGCGGAGGCGAGCCUCAGCCCAGCCUCCCGCCUGCUGAGCUUCCCGCACCUCAGCAUUCGCCCCCUCCUGGCCAGCGCUCCCGCCGCCGGGGUUCAGGCUCAGUUCCGCCCGGCAACAGACUGGCGGGCACUCACUCCGCUCCCUGCCCGCGCCCUUCCUGAAGCAUCAGAGGGGAAAACAGCGUGGCUCUGGGGUCGGGUGCUGGGAUUGUGAUGUCCUCGGAAAGUCAGCUUCAGCCCCAGAACCUUGCGUGUCUGGGAGAUGGGCGAGGGUCAGGGACACCAGGGGGAAAGGGGGCGGGGAGCAGAGGUGUCCCUCUGACGGCGGCAGAAGAGAGGCAGACAGACUGACAGACACGUAGACCAACAGUGCGGCCCCAGGGUUCGUCCCCAGACUCCCUCGCUCAUUUGUUGGCGACUGGGGCUCAGCGCAGCGAAGCCCGAUGUGGUCCGGAGGCAGUGGGAAGGCGCGGGGCUGGGAGGCCGCGGCGGGAGGGAGGAGCAGCCCCGGCAGGCUCAGCCGCCGCCGAAUCAUGUCGAUGAGUCCAAAGCACACGACUCCGUUCUCAGUGUCUGACAUCUUGAGUCCCCUGGAGGAAAGCUACAAGAAAGUGGGCAUGGAGGGCGGCGGCCUGGGGGCUCCGCUGGCGGCGUACAGGCAGGGCCAGGCGGCACCGCCGGCCGCGGCCAUGCAGCAGCACGCCGUGGGGCACCACGGCGCCGUCACCGCCGCCUACCACAUGACGGCGGCGGGGGUGCCCCAGCUCUCGCACUCCGCCGUGGGGGGCUACUGCAACGGCAACCUGGGCAACAUGAGCGAGCUGCCGCCGUACCAGGACACCAUGAGGAACAGCGCCUCUGGCCCGGGAUGGUACGGCGCCAACCCAGACCCGCGCUUCCCCGCCAUCUCCCGCUUCAUGGGCCCGGCGAGCGGCAUGAACAUGAGCGGCAUGGGCGGCCUGGGCUCGCUGGGGGACGUGAGCAAGAACAUGGCCCCGCUGCCAAGCGCGCCGCGCAGGAAGCGCCGAGUGCUCUUCUCGCAGGCGCAGGUGUACGAGCUGGAGCGACGCUUCAAGCAACAGAAGUACCUGUCGGCGCCGGAGCGCGAGCACCUGGCCAGCAUGAUCCACCUGACCCCCACCCAGGUCAAGAUCUGGUUCCAGAACCACCGCUACAAAAUGAAGCGCCAGGCUAAGGACAAGGCGGCGCAGCAGCAACUGCAGCAGGACAGCGGCGGCGGCGGGGGCGGCGGGGGCGCCGGGUGCCCGCAGCAGCAACAGGCUCAGCAGCAGUCGCCGCGACGUGUGGCGGUGCCGGUCCUGGUGAAAGACGGCAAACCGUGCCAGGCGGGUGCCCCCGCGCCGGGCGCCGCCAGCCUACAAGGCCACGCGCAGCAGCAGGCGCAGCAGCAGGCGCAGGCAGCGCAGGCGGCGGCAGCGGCCAUCUCCGUGGGCAGCGGUGGCGCUGGCCUUGGCGCACACCCGGGCCACCAGCCAGGCAGCGCAGGCCAGUCUCCGGACCUGGCGCACCACGCCGCCAGCCCCGCGGCGCUGCAGGGCCAGGUAUCCAGCCUGUCCCACCUGAACUCCUCGGGCUCGGACUACGGCACCAUGUCCUGCUCCACCUUGCUAUAUGGUCGGACCUGGUGAGAGGACGCCGGGCCGGCCCUAGCCCAGCGCUCUGCCUCACCACUUCCCUCCUGCCCGCCACACAGACCACCAUCCACCGCUGCUCCACGCGCUUCGACUUUUCUUAAGAACCUGGCCGCGUUUAGACCAAGGAACAAAAAAACCACAAAGGCCAAACUGCUGGACGUCUUUCUUUCUUUUUUUUUCUCCCUAAAAUUUGUGGGGUUUUUUUUUUUUUUUUUAAAGAAAAUAAAAACAACCAAGCGCAUCCAAUCUCUUAAGGAAUCUUUAAGCAGAGAAGGGCAUAAAACAGCUUUGGGGUUGUCUUUUUUGGCGAUUCAAAUGGGUUUCCCACGCUAGGGCGGGGCACAGAUUGGAGAGGGCUCUGUGACAUGGCUCUGGACUCUAAAGACCAAACUUCACUCUGGGCACACUCUGCCAGCAAAGUGGACUCGCUUGUAAAUACCAGGAUUUUUUUCUUUUUUUUUGAAGGGAGGACAGGAGCUGGGGAGAGGAAAGAGUCUUCGACAUAACCCACUUGUCACUGACACAAAGGAAGUGCCCCCUCCCCGGCACCCUCUGGCCGCCUAGGCUCAGCGGCGACCGCCCUCCGCGAAAAUUGUUUAUGUUUGAUGUGAACUUGUAGCUGUAAAACGCUGUCAAAAGUUGGACUAAAUGCCUAGUUUUUAGUAAUCUGUACAUUUUGUUGUAAAAAGAAAAACCACUCCCAGUCCCCAGCCCUUCACAUUUUUUUAUGGGCAUUUACAAAUCUGUGUAUAUUAUUUGGCAGUUUGGUAUUUGCGGCGUCAGUCUUUUUCUGUUGUAACUUAUGUAGAUAUUUGGCUUAAAUAUAGUUCCUAAGAAGCUUCUAAUAAAUUAUACAAAUUAAAAAGAUUCUUUUUCUGAUUAAAA